CACUGGCUAUUUUGUGCCCAAAACAUGAGUUAGUGCAUUAUAAAAAUUAUUUAUCUUUAAAGGUUAGGUGGCUUUUUUAUUCUCAGAUACAGCCAUUAAGACUCUUACCUGCAGAGAUGUAUGCCUAAUGCUUAACCGAGUGACAGCUUGUGUAUGCAUACUGGGAACGCUGCCAGUACUAACAGUGACAUGGCACUGGCUUCACAUGACUUGCCUGGGAGGGGACAGCCAGCUCCUGCUUGGAAACACCCCCGUCUCCUUCGCCUAAACCCUCAUAAAGUUUCCACAGCAGUGAUGAAAGGUGAGGAGCUGAAGCCCAGGCUCUAAAUGGGCACAGAGGACCUCUCCUAGGCUGCUCUCAGCAGAACAGGCAGGAAGAAGUCAGGGAUGUAGCAGCUUGAAAAGAUGUGAUAGAAACAUUGAGGAAGUCAUUCAAAGGCAAUGUAUGUCUGUGUAAAGGAUGAGUGUAAGCUCUUCUAGGAACUCUGGCUGCCUUCAGACCUGUGCAGUGCUUGGCACAGUGAGACGUCCACCAAACACGAUGUCUAGUCCUGUGUCUGCCCAUAUAGCGUGGCUGAUAUGAAACUCUUUGGGUGACCAGUGUAUUCCUCCUCUCCGAAACGCUGCAAGAGGAGUACUCCCAAGAGGCUUGCUACCAUCAGAAAGAUGAAAAGAGUCUCUGGGUAUCCCACCAUGGCUGAGCAGCAGAAGCAGGAAGAGAAGCUCUGGGAUGCCAUGAAGGUCACUGCCUGUGUCCUCGGAGCAGGUCUUCUCCUAUUCACUGCCUUAGCGAGCUCUGCUUGGUACGUGCAGGAUAUCUGGGACACUUUGGGCCAUUUCUGGCAAACAAUGUGGCUAAAGCUCUACUACCUGUUAGAGGGAAAGGAGUCAACACUCUUCUUACUUGGGGCUGCACUGGUGCCUGCCCUUGCUUUCUGGUGCUUCAAUGGAAUCCUUAUGGUGGCUGAUAUAACAGGAAAGCCAACUUUCAUUACUCGCUAUCGCAUUCAGCUGGGCAAGAAUGAUCCUGUGGACACAAAGAAGUUGCGCCAAGCCAUCUACACAGCGCUGUGCAAUCAGGUCUUUAUCUCCUUGCCCAUGCUUCUGCCCAUGUUCUACAUCCUGCAAUGGUGGGGCAACACCUUCAGCAAGGAGUUACCCACCUUCCGCUGGUUCCUUCUGGAGAUGAGCAUCUUUACCAUAGUGGAGGAAAUUCUCUUCUAUUAUACACACAGGCUUGUUCACCUCCCACUCCUGUAUAAGCACAUUCACAAGAAGCACCACGAAUGGACAGCCCCCAUCGGUGUGGUCUCCAUUUAUGCUCACCCAGUAGAGCACAUACUGUCCAACAUGUUGCCUGCCAUGACCGGCCCGAUGCUCAUAGGCUCUCACAUCGUUUCCAUCGCAGUGUGGUUCUCCCUUGCUCUGGUAACAACGAGCAUCUCACACUGUGGAUACCACCUGCCCUUCCUGCCGUCACCGGAGUUCCACGACUUCCACCACCUCAAGUUCAACCAGUGCUACGGAGUGCUGGGAGUGCUGGAUUACCUGCAUGGAACGGAUACAGUGUUCAGACAGACCAAAGCCUACGAGAGACACAGGGUCCUGCUCAGCUUCACGCCGCUCUCCCAAAGCAUUCCUGACGCACCCAGGAGGGCAGAGUGAGCCAAGGCAGCAGCCAGAGACAAUGAUUUGUGCCAAACAGUACUUGCAUUGGGACCCAAGUUAUUGUUCACACAUAGCAGAGCCCAAAGCUGAACAUAAACACACUACUUGAGAUGACUGCACUUUUGCUGCUGUUAUUUUCUCCCCAAAGCACAAACCACUGCUCUAGGAAGCUAUUUUUAAACAAAGUUGAGUGUUUUCAUUACUUGCACUGUUGCUUGGUUCCAGCUGCCUGCACCGGGGCAAUGUGCUCUGGGCCACGGGGGGGGAGUUCCUGGGGUGCUCUCAUGGCUUUAACACUGCAGUGUUCACAGGCUAUGCUUUGGCCUCUCUUGGCAGCAUUCUAUAGAAAUACCAACCAGAUCAUGGUAACUACACUGGAUUAAACCCUCUGUUCUGAGAGUCAGGAUGCCUGGGAUGUGCGAUGCAACCCCAUGAGAAGGCACGGGGCUUCAGAAACACCUUACCCUGCACAUGCGGAGGUCUGACUUCCCUUGAGCAGUUUCUUUGUGCCAGCUCUGAAGGAAGGGCAAUCACAUCCUCAUCUGUGCUCCACAAACCAACACCUGCAAACAGCGAGUUUCCCCUCAUGGGACAGGGAAGGAGAGCCGGGAGCUGAUGCACGACAUGGCAGAAGCCUCCUCCUAAGCCGCAUCUCAUUCCCCACACACCCUAAGGAGACACAACCCAAAUCAAUGUACAGUGACAACCUAUGGAAAGAGAUUUGCCAAGGGAAGAAGUUGGGUGGAGAGCAGUGGAACCCUAAGGAAGGACUCAACAGAACACAGCCUCAUGCACAUCAGUUUCUAUCUACACAACCAAGAUGCUGCCAGUGUCCUCCAGGAUCUUUUCAAGCCUCCAUCCUGUCUGGAGGCCUCGGGCAACAGUGAUGUAUCUCUCACCACCUCUAGACCAGGCCCAACGGGGGCACACACACAGGGCAGACUGCUCACCCCCCCGCAGCUGAGUAGAACACAGCUCUGUUGUCUUUUGAAGUUUUUAUUUUUAUACAUUUUUUUUGUAUUAAAAAGGAAAAAGCAUAAUUACCACAAAUUACAAAGGACUAAAGCAUUACUAGAAUAAUGAAUCACAUCAGCCUAGAAAGCAGAUACUCUGAAUAAUAUUAAUGUUAUAAUACAAGCUCUCAUUCAAGUAUUUUACAUUUUUUUUUCCUCUUUUCCUUUUAUACGUGAUGAUGAUCCUAGCACAUGGGUCAAAGAUUAUGUACUAUCGACAGAAGAUGGAUCAUGUACAGCAGGGCCAUAUUAACAAGAUUUUUCCUCCCAAGUGAUACAUGGUCUGUGAUGAGUCAUUUUAGGUUUGUCUCUACGAUAAAUGCAGCUGAAGAAGGUUGCACACACUUUCUAGUUUGGGGGAACAGAAGGCUGAGGUUGGGACACACACGGGGUUGGAGAAGGGCCAGCACAUGGAAACACCCCUUUUGCUCCAGGUGAACGCGCAGCUCAAUGAGGGGUUCUGAGCCACGCAUCCAAAGGUUUCCAACCCCAAUGGGACCAGGACAGGAGGAAGAGGAGCAGGGCUGCUCCGGGGAGGCUUGAGGGACCAAGAGGUGCCACUUGGGCUGUCACCCAGAGGGUAAACCACAGGGGACAGUGCAGGGACCCAGGGCAGGCGGUACCCAAGGUGCUCCCUGCUCCCUCUGGAGCUUCCCACUGAGGGGAUGUGCUUGUCACAGAUACAUCGGUCCUAUGUUCAAGUGUCUGCAGAAAGUGAAACUGUAAACUACUCAUUGAAACGCUGCCCCCAGCCCCGAGAUGAAUGUUGUCUUUACAAUAAAAAACAGAAAAGGAAAAAAAGGAAGUAAUCCAUCUAUUACCUGUACUGGAAACUUGGGGGGG